AUGACAUAAAAAAAGUGUAUAGGCUAAAAAUAUGAAUACUAUCUAAAAGAUAAACUAGGAUCUGGAAGCUUUGCAGAAGUUGUAAUGGGAAAAAAUAUAUUAACAAAUGAAGUAGUUGCAAUUAAAGUAAUCUAAAAAUCUGUUUUGUCUAAAUAUGGGUAGUCUUUCUUAAUUAAUAUUUUAGUGAAGGCAUCAUUAAUUAAAUACAAUUAGAAGUUAAAAUACUCCAUAAAUUAGCUAAUCUCACAAAAUAAACAAUUUGUCCUUUUAUUAAUCGAAUAUACGAAUUUAUAGAAACUGCUAAUUACUUUUAUAUUAUUUUGGAGUUCUGCAAUUAAGGAACCUUAUUUGAUAUGAUAUAGAAAUAAAAAAAGAUUGAAGAAAGAGAAGCUAUUUUUAUAUUAUUUCAAUUACUUUAAGCUUUUACCUUACUUGCUGAUAAUAAUAUAGCACAUAGAGAUAUUAAACCUGAAAAUGUGUUUAUUAAAGAUGGAGUUUAUAUGGGCUUUGGGACUUCUUACUCAUGA